UCCACUGUUAUUGUAUAUUUGUAUGUAUAUAUUAUACUAUUAUUAUAUAUAGUUACGUAUAAAAGAGGGAUGCUGGUAUAUAGUAAACUGCUACCUACCUACCUACCUACCUAAUACUUAUCGCAUGCUAAAAAGUGGUUUUUGAGAGGGGGUAUUGGAAAAAAACAACCUCGAGGACCAGACGAUCAAGCGAUCAACCAACAAACCGUGUUCUGGCGUUGAAGUGAAACAACCGUCGCACUUUUCAAGACAAUUCGUACGUCUUUUCCAUUCUAUAUACCUAUUACCCACACAUUUACUACCUACCUAUAGGUAUCAAACGUCGUAAUAUCGAUUUAUCAACUGAAUAUUUAAACAUAGGUACCUACUGGCUCACCGCCACCGAAAACUUUAAAUUAAGGUUUCAUUAUUUAUAUUACCAGCUAUGUUUGAAAAUGUUUAAAGGUAUGUUACAUUGUUACAUAAUAUACAUAUAAAUCAAUAUUCAAGUCAUACCUAAUUUAUUUCCUCAUUUAACAUAGGUACUUACAAGUAUACUAGUAUUAAAUAAUAAAAUAUAAAUAUUUUUAAACCUUUUUUGAAAAAACACAUCAAAGAUUAAAUAAAAAUGUAUGAAUAUAAAUUAUGAAUUACGAUCUGUUGGUCCAAAAAACUUUUUAAAAAAAUACACUGUUCAAAAUUCAUUCAAAUGAUAUUUUUGUCUGAAUUGAUUUUAGAUAGGUACCUAUGAUCUUAAGAGGAUGUCAGCCCACUGAUUAUUUUCUUUCACUGGCCCACACACAGCAUAUUAAAGACAACACAUGCACGCAAAAUCAUUUAUUAUUUACGUUUUUGAGUAAUCAUACAUUCUUACGGUAAAAUCACCCAUUAUAAAAAUUGUAGAGAGUAAGAUUUGUCUAAAUAAUGUCUCAAAACAAUUUAUAAUAAUAUUCAUUUAAAUGUACACAUUUUUUAUUUUUAAAAGUCUAAUUUAAAGUGAAAAGAUAAUUCCGGUAUGUGUAAUCAUCAAAUUUAUUAUUUUCUUUCAUUUUUGUAAUAGGUUCAUUUUACUCUAAGAUUUCUCAAAAAUCAUAAACACGAUUCUUCGUGAAUGCGUUUUAUCUAUGUGUCACUUUAGUCUGAGAGAUUACACAAAUAUACUCUUAAGAAAUUUAUAUAAUUUAAUGAAUAUGAAAAUAUAGAAUUUCAUUAUAUUUUAUGUCUUUAAAAGUUGAUAUAUUUAGGUACCUAACGUGACUAUUUAUAAUUAUUUCCAUUAAAAAAAUUAUUUUCUGUGAUUUUCUUAAUUCUUAAUGUUGCUUUUAUUUUCAGUGGACGAAAUGAAACAACUAGCAGAGGCAUUAAUGCAGUGUAAAUCAUUUAAAGAGCGACAAGAACGUCUGCGUGAAUCUCUAGAUCAUCUGUCAUUCAACUAUCCUGAUCUAUACACUGUAUUGUAUAGAGGGAUGAAAAAAAGAGAACUGGAUUCUAAUGAUCCAAGUAAAAUUACUAAAUGGUUAAAUAAUCCAUCGUCAAAAUCAUUUGUAAAACUUCAUGAAGCAUUGAUGUUGGUAAAAAAUAACAACAUAAUGGCCAAACAGGAGUAUAUGUACAAUUUAAGACGUAUGCUAAACCAAACAAUUGAAAAUGGUACCAACAUUGAGAAAGCAGUGAAAAUAUGCAAUUUGAUUCAGAAAUCACCAAACUUAACCAUUAUUCACGAGAAUUUGAAACAUCUAAUUCGCCAAGUAAAUCAACUGAACAACAGUGAACGCCACAUGCCGACAGAAACCUUAACAGGAAACUUUUGGCCAAAUUAUUUUAGACCACCACAGAUAGAUCCUUUCCAACCAUUUAAUGUUCAGCAUGCUCAACAGCCAAAUACCUCUGUUUGGCCAAACAUUCUUCAACCGACAAAUUUAAAUUCUGCUCCUGGUCUACCACAUUUUAGAAUGGAAUGUUUUGGCUACAACCAUCUGGAAAUGAUUGCAAAGACUAACAGGGCCACUACUUUGGGAGACCCACAGUCACUAAUCGACCUGACGAUUCUCAAUCAAGAAAUGGAUGGAGCCGUUGCUAAGUGGCUUCACUACUUAAAACUACAUAAAUACCAAUGGUUCUUCAACAGCCUCAGUUAUCUGGAAAUUGAAUUCAUUGAUGAGGACAAUAUUGAUGAUUUCAUAGCUAAAGUGAACAAAAAUUCCAUUACAAAAGGUGCACAAAAAAAGAUAUGCUUAUCAACUAAGGCGUUAAGGGAUCGGUCACAAAAGUUGAAUAACUUAUUAUUGGCUUUGGAUUUGGAAGUUACUCCCAAUGAACUGUGUGAGUUCAUGACGUACAUGCGAGACAUAUUACAUUAUCCCAUACCAAACAAGAAUUGUGUGGUUGGCGACCAACUACAACAAGACAUAGUCCUUGUCAUGGAGAAACUGCUAAAUCAACUGCUCGAAAAACUUGGUAAGAUUCGUUCUUUAGCUGCUCAGAGUCUACUUGGAAUGUCUGUCAAUAAAUACUUGGAAUGCACUUUAUUAAUAAUCGGUAAUCAAACAUUCAUGAAACAGCAAAUUGACAAGACAUUGAUGUUAGCUGAAACUUUAAAAUAUAGAGUCCAUAGACUUCCAAGAAACUUUAACUAAUGUUUUCAAUUUUCAUUAUUGUUCAAUUCGAACUUCAUAUUACAUAUGCAUUUUUUAUUUUUAUCAUUUUUGUUUGUGACUGAUGCCUACUAGAUUUAUUUUAAUAUAAUUGUUUUUCUAUAAUUUAUUUAAUUGUUUACGAUCUUAAUUUUUAUAUUUUUAUACAGAUGCAUGUUUUAUUAAAUUGUUAGUAUUCACAAUUUAUUGUUGUUAACUUAAUGAUUCAGUGCUUUAAACACUUGAAUAAUAUUUAUUACCAGCAUAAUUGUAUAGUUGCCAAAACAUUUUAUUCUAAUACUAUUUUACAUUUUUACGUAACCAAAAGACUGGUUAAUUUUUGAUUUUUAUAGUUGUGUGUUAAUUAUAUUUAGAAUCUAUUAUGGUUAAGUUUUUUUGAUUUUGUGUUAAUUUAAUUUAAUCAAAUUGUUCUGUUUUAAAUGUUUUACAUUAAUUAUUAUUUAUUGACCAUUUUGUAUGUAACCAUAUUACAAGACUCAAUUGUUUAUUUUAGUAUUAUUAUUUUGUUUAAAGUUAGUUUAAAGAGCUGACUUUUUAAA